UUCUGGAAAAUGAAAUUCCGAUGUUGACCGGUAAGAUCCUGAUCUGGAAAAAUGUUACAUCACCAUAGAAUAUAGAUCCACCAAAAAGUGGAUCCUAGUCGUAGAUUCAGAAACCACGGCCACUGCCACCGCCGUUAGCGCCCCCUGUACUUCGAACUGGACUCAAUCUCAUUUCGUUCCCGGCAUUGUUUAUUUGCCAUUUCCGAAUUAGAUCCAUAGAAAAGCUUCCGAGGAUCCGAGGAAGCUCCCAAUCCGAGAUUACACAGAGGUUGCUACGAUUUCCAUUAUUUCCAUUAUGGAUUCUGGAACCACCAAUCCAUCUCCGCCACCCUCUAAUACAGCUUCUGAAGUCGAACCUUCGGAAUCCAUUGUCUCUGAGAAAGAUAGCCCUUCAGACAGCAUAACUACACCACCCCUAGCUUCUUGGGCCAUAAGUCUAAGAGCUCCACAACCUGUGCAACAAGGACAACAGAAUUCAGAGACUGGGACUGUCAGUUGGCCAUCCCUUUCACGCCUUGCGAGUGGAUUUGGAUUGCAGUUCACAUCUAAACCCUCCUUAAUGAAUGAGAGCGCUGGAGACAACUCAGCUAAUGCUCAAUCAAGUGUUAUUGAAUCACUUACUAAAGGACUGGCUGACUCAUCUAUGAGUGCAGUGAAGGCUUUGCAGGUUAAGGCACGCCAUAUUGUCUCCCAGAAUAAGAGGAGAUACCAGGAGGGUGGAUUUGAUUUGGAUAUGACUUAUAUAACUGAGAAUAUCAUUGCUAUGGGGUUUCCCGCGGGUGAUAUGAGCUCUGGCUUUUUCGGAUAUGUUGAGGGGUUCUAUCGAAAUCACAUGGAGGAAGUGAUCAAGUUUUUUGAGACGCACCAUAAGGGAAAGUACAAAGUUUAUAAUCUGUGUUCAGAGAGGUUGUACAACGCUUCACUGUUUGAGGGAAAGGUUGCAUCUUUCCCAUUUGAUGACCACAACUGCCCCCCUAUUCAUCUUAUUAAACUGUUCUGCCAAAGUGCUUACACAUGGCUGAAGGAGGACAUAGUCAAUGUGGUAGUUGUUCACUGUAAAGCUGGUAAGGCAAGGACAGGAUUAAUGAUUUGUAGCCUACUUCUUUUCUUGAAGUUUUUCUCAACAGCUGAGGAAUGCAUUGAUUACUAUAAUCAAAAAAGAUGUGUAGAUAGCAAGGGUCUAAUUCUUCCAAGCCAGAUUAGGUAUGUGAAAUACUUUGAGCGCAUCUUGACACACUUCAAUGGUGAAACGCCGUCUGGACGUAGUUGCAUGCUAAGGGGAUUUCGAUUACACAAGUGUCCGUACUGGAUUAGGCCUUCAAUUACCAUAUCUAAUCACAAUGGAGUCUUGUUCACAACUAAAAAGCACCCAAAAACCAAGGAUUUGAUGCCUGAAGAUUUUUGGAUUCGUGCACCAAGAAAAGGAAUUGUGGUUUUUGCCCUGCCAGGGGAACCUGGCCUAACUGAGCUGGCGGGAGACUUCAAAAUAUAUUUUCAUGACCGUCAUGGAGAUUUUUACUGUUGGUUAAACACAUCGGUGAUGGAAAAUAGAAUUAUUUUAGAUGGUUCACAACUCGAUGGAUUUGAUAAGAGGAAAUUUCCUUCUCCAGGAUUUCAAGUCGAGAUCGUUAUGAUAGAUUAUGAUGGAACCAUCCCAGCAAAGUUUAAGUCCGAGGAUGCAAGCAAGAAAAGUGAUGAGAUGUCAGGAACCAAUUCCUCAACUGAUGGUACCCAAGCUAAUUCUGACCAAAGUAAGGGGUCUGGAAGCCGAGAUCAUAAUGAUGAUGUGUUUUCUGAUAGCGAGGGAGAGGAAUCGACCAAAACCAGUGCUCGCAGCUCAUCUGCAGCGCCAUCUGGUGGAGUUAUUGAAUCCAGCACUAGCGAGGAGCAAAUAACCCAAGUCACAUGCCAAACCGAGCAACUCACCAUUGGAGGCCAGGAGCCCACAGACUUGAAGACUGAUACCUCCAGUGAAAUAAAAAUUGAUGCUGUCAAAACGACUGCCAGCAUUCCCAACCUGGGAUCAACUGAUAUUAAAGCUAUAGCAGCAGAUGCUUCUGUCUUCAGUUUCGGAGAUGAUGAUGAAGAUUAUGAGAGUGAAUGAAGCAAUUAACUGCCUUGAAAGAAUGAAACUCAGAUAGGUUAUUCAUCAUACAGUCUUUGUUGCCUUAUCUCUUUUAUUUUCUUUCUGUUUUUCACUUUUCAAUUUUAUUUAUUUAUUUUUUUCAUUUAUCUAAAGCUCUGAUGUAAAGAAGCUCAAUAUUAUACUCAUAGACAUCUUUACCUUAGAACUUUUCUCAAUACAUUAAACAUUUCAUCCACAUUUUUGUGAUA